UACCAGUAGGUGGCGGUAAUGAGCGAAUCUAUUGUUUGCCAAGCUCUUUAAAACUAAGAAGAAGCAGAAGGAAAAUAUUCAGUCGUAAGAGAAGUGACUCGGUUUAAAAUGAACAAUUUGGACGGUUUGAACACGUUUUUAACAGAGCGCUUAAUGACAGUCGCGGGAGAGAUAUUCCAGGUGUUUAAAGACGCGUUUAGUGAAUAUCAGAGUGAGAUCGAGCGAAUAAAACAGGAGAACCGGUAUCUGAGGGAAGCCCUGGCUGAAAUCUACAACAGUGUCCAGGAACGAGCAGUGAAUGAUCUCUAUUUGUAUGCAGAGAAGCACAGUUUAACCCAGAGAGCCCUGAACCCUGACACCUCCCUCAUAGAAGUGAACCUGGAACUAGAAGCCAGUCCAAAGAAAUCUGAUCCACAACCAUCACAGAGCCAUAAACACACAUGUACGUCAAAGCUCGAAAAUCCUGAUGAAGGUCAGGACCCAGAAUCAAGGAUCUCUGAGAAAUCUGGGGUGAAGGACAAAAACGAGGACACCAACAAUUUACACGAAGGCUUAUUAUACACCAUCAAAGUGGAGCCGUGUGCAUCCCAGGAUGACUUCUCUGUCGAAGUUAAAAACGAAGCUGAGGAUAAUCAAGCCAUAGAGCAACAAGAGCCUCUUUCCUGCAGUUAUUGUGACCGGACAUUCACCGAGGUUCCUGAACUUGCGUCGCACAUGCAGAGUCACAUGGCUUUGUUUACCUGCGACGUCUGCGGGAAGUCCUUCAAGCAAAAAGGGACGCUGAAAACGCACAUGAUCGUGCACCAGAAAGAAAGACCUUUCGGCUGUGGUUAUUGUAAAAAGCGGUUCAAGCUGAAAAGUCAUCUGAAAGAGCACGAGAGGAUCCACACGGGUGAAAAACCUUUCAGCUGUCCGGUGUGCAGGAUGAGUUUUACACGCUCCAAUCCUAUGAAGAUCCACCUUCGCAAUCAUCAUCCAGGAGAAGUUCUAAUUCCACCGAUAGAGUAACAGAUCUAGGCUGGAAAACAUUACACAUGUUGAUAAAAUUACAUUUUUUCUUUUAUUCAUCUGCUGUUGUUGUUACUUUUGGUCUUUACUUGAUCAUAGAUUUGCUGCAUAUAACAGAAGUACUAAUUCUGUAUAACUACUGCUUUUCCUUUUAUUAUUGUCUACGUACCAUCCAUGCUAAACAAAUUACUUUGUGAGUCUAAUUCUACUGAUAAUCACAGGGUCCUUUUUGUAUUCUGCAGACAGAAGAUUUACAUAUUUUAUACGAAUUUUAUAGAAAACUGAAAAUGGAUGGUGUACACUUCAUUAAAUAUAAAACCAGUGUGUCUGAAUUUCUAGUUAUUAUUUUUAAGCAAUUAAUAGAGGAUUUUUUAAGGUGAUUUUUCUGACUGUUUAGCGGACCAAGAGUUUACUUCUGGUGCUUUAGUAAGUUCAGUGGUGGGAUCACUUGAUGCUCCAAAAAGUCCACAACUCACAUGUUGUAGGAAAAAUACAAGAUCUGAUUUUUUUUAAUGCAACCAUUAUUUACACUGAAAUAUAUAAUACAUAGGUAAAUUGCAUAAUCAUAGAAAAUGAGUUUGCUAUGUUUAGUUGAUGCAAUCAAGAAAACAGCUGACCAAUGUCAAACGUUCACAGAAUAUAUGGAAAAAGCUCAGUGUGGUAAAUACACACCUUUACCCAUUGUACAAUGUUUGUUUGGAAAAGAAUUGAGGGUGGAUCUGAAACAAUCAGCUGGAUACAUCCAUAAAUUAUAGAGAUAAAUGUCCAGAUUAAAGGAUGCUAUUUUGAGUGUUUCACUAUUUAUAUUUGAAUAUUUGUAUGCAUUUGUGAUAAUAAAGCAGCUUCUAGAAAACCAA